AACGAACAUCAUUCUCAUCAUCAGCGCAGCUCCCUACCAUGGCCGCUGCAGUCCCUCGUUACCGUUGCCUGAACGGCCACCCAUGGUCAUCUCCGUUCAAAGUCUUUCUUCCUUCCGCCUCGACGUCGGCAUCGACCACGUCACGGACGUUCGCCACCACGACUGAUGACCUUCCCACCAGCAAACCACGAGUGCGUGCGACUACCUUUGCCGACAAGCUCAAUGCAGGCCCUUCAUUCUCAGAUUUCGUAUCAGGAAAAGAACCACCGCUAGAACCUUCGGAAGCAUAUGCAUUAAAAACUGCCCUCGUCGGGCCUAAGGGCAAGCAGAAACAAAUCACCCGCCUACCGUCAUGGCUGAAAACGCCGAUUCCCGACAGCUCCUCCUACAAGAAGAUUAAGAACGACUUGCGCGGCUUGAAUCUACACACUGUGUGCGAGGAGGCUCGAUGCCCCAACAUCUCAGACUGCUGGGGAGGAAGCAGCAAGUCUGCGGCCACGGCGACGAUCAUGUUGAUGGGCGAUACGUGUACGAGAGGCUGUCGCUUCUGCAGUGUCAAGACCUCAAAGGCCCCUCCUCCGUUGGAUCCGCACGAACCGGAACAUACAGCCGAAGCUCUUUCGCGAUGGGGUCUGGGCUACGUUGUCCUGACCAGUGUUGACCGAGACGAUCUCGCGGACGGUGGAGCCCACCACUUCGCGGAGACGGUUCGCAAGAUCAAAUCCAAAGCGCCCACUAUCUUGGUCGAGUGUCUUACUGGCGACUACGCAGGGGACUUGGAGAUGGUCAAACUUGUCGCAACAUCGGGUCUGGACGUAUAUGCGCAUAACGUCGAGACUGUGGAGGCAUUGACGCCGCAGGUCCGCGACCGCCGCGCCACUUUCCGGCAAUCCCUCAGCGUGUUGAAAGCCGCCAAAGCCGCGCAACCUGGUCUGAUCACAAAGACAUCCAUAAUGCUGGGCCUUGGGGAGACGGAGGACCAACUUUGGGAUGCGUUGAAAGAGCUGCGCGCUGUUGAUGUUGAUGUUGUCACCUUUGGACAGUACAUGCGCCCUACAAAGAGACACAUGCCUGUGCACGAGUACGUUACGCCGGACGUCUUUGAGCAGUGGCGCGUUAGGGCGCUGGAGAUGGGAUUUUUAUAUGUGGCGAGUGGGCCGUUGGUGAGGAGCAGUUAUAAAGCGGGAGAAGCGUUUAUCGAGAAUGUUCUUAAAAAGAGAAGGGCCGGCAGAGGGGAGACGGCGAAUGCGGAUCUAGCUGGGGACAUAGAUGUGAAGGGUGUACAGGUUGGGAAGAUUUGAUUGCACGGCUGGUUGGAUAUGGUUCCUCGGAUUGUAUAAGCAUGAUAUCAAGAUGCCGACAUAUCGAGGUCUUUGUCAACCAAAACCCUCUUGAUCGAGUGUGUCUCGGCAGCAGAACGAGGAAAGGCAAAUGGAAAUUGUUUGUCGCUACCCCUUAGCAUCGUUCCAUCUCCAGGAGGUUGAAACCUGCCUUGUGCGGUACGGCUCUACUUUG